AUGUCCAACCCCCGUGUCGAAGAGCUCCCCGACGAGCCCGAGAAGCAGGUCGCCGAGGUCGCCGAAGAUGAGUCCAGCUCCGAGUCUGGCGACGAGGGCGCCGGCGAUGCCAGCAUCCCCGCUGGUGCCCAGGUCACCGUCCACUCGCGCAACGAGAAGAAGGCCCGCAAGGCCAUCGCGAAGCUCGGCCUGAAGCACAUUGAGGGCAUCACCCGUGUCACCCUCCGCAGGCCCAAGAACAUCCUCUUCGUCAUCAACAACCCCGACGUCUACAAGUCCCCCAACAGCAACACCUGGAUCAUCUUCGGUGAGGCCAAGAUCGAGGACCUGAACGCCGCCGCCCAGGCCUCUGCUGCCCAGCAGCUCGCUCAGGCCGAGGCCGCCGGUGACCACGAGGGCCACGACCACGGCAAGGGCAAGGAGCCUGCCGUCGAGGAGAAGAAGGAGGAAGAAGAGGAGGAUGACGGCGAGGAGGUCGACGAGUCCGGUCUCGAGGCCAAGGACAUCGAGCUGGUCAUGCAGCAGGCCAGCGUCUCGCGGAAGAAGGCCGUCAAGGCGCUCAAGGAGAACGACAACGACAUUGUCAACUCCAUCAUGGCCCUCAGCAUAUAA